AUGCUAUUCCCUACAUUUGCCCUGGUUGCCGUGCUUUCUGCCUUCUUGGUUGUGCGCUACUUCGUACAGCUACGUCAUCACCGUAAACAAUCCAGGGCUCUGCAUUGCAAGCCUGCUCGUUCGGGCUCUUCGACUUUCUUCGGUAUUCCGGACUUUCUUCGGUUGAGUAAGGCUGUUCGUGAGAAGCGCUGGAUCGAGUAUCUCUGUGACGAAUAUGCUGUCUAUGGAAAUACCUACAGACAGACAUUCCUGUCUCAGAAUAUCAUGACCACCAUCGAGCCUGAAAAUGUCAAAGCAAUUCUCGCGACCCAAUUCAAAGAUUUCUCUCUCGGAACAAGACAUCAACAAUUCUACCCACUGCUAGGCGAUGGCAUCUUCACCCUCGAUGGUGCCGGGUGGUCGCAUGCGCGGGGAUUGUUGCGCCCGCAGUUCACCAGGGACCAGGUCGCCGAUCUUUCCAUGUUGGACGACCACAUCUCCAACCUGAUCGACCUGAUCCCCAAGGAUAGAAGCAGUUUCGACAUCCAGCGUUUGUUUUUCCUGCUGACCCUGGACUCGGCAACGCACUUCCUGUUCGGGGAAUCCGUGGGGUGCAUGCUCCCCCCUUCUGGGAAGACAGGCGUGCUGGAAAAAUGCGCCGUCGGUAGCGCGCAGGGUUUCGCCAACGCCUUCGGGACCGCGCAGGAUUAUCUCGCUGCGCGGAGUCGCGCCCAGGGAAUUUAUUGGGUUGUUAAUCCCAAGGAAUUCCGCGAGGCAAAUCGCCAGGUGCACGAAGUUGUCGAUCACUAUGUUAAUCUCGCUCUAGAGUCGAAACGGAACUCAGAAAAGGGAAAUGCUGACGGUCGGUAUAUCUUCCUCGAAGCAUUGGUCGCUGAGACGGAUGACCCUAAAAUUCUACGCGAUAACAUGCUCAAUAUUCUAUUGGCUGGUCGCGAUACUACAGCUAGUCUGCUGAGCUCGACCUUCUUCUAUCUUUCCCGUCACACCAAUGUGUGGAACCGGCUGCGUCAUGAGAUCGUGGACAUUUUCGGAGACGCAAAGAAUCCACGGUCGGAAAUGACUCAGACGAAGCUGAAGGAUAUUCCUUAUCUGCGAUAUGUGUUGAAUGAAGUCCUUCGUCUCCAGCCUCCUGUGCCUCUCAACUUCCGCAUUGCGACAAAAGACACCUCCCUACCGGUCGGCGGUGGUACGGACCACCAAUCCCCGGUUUAUAUCAAGAAGGGCACGAUGGUUGCCUACAGUGUCUACGCUAUGCACCGUCGGACGGAUCUAUGGGGUAAGGAUGCGGCCUCCUUCCGGCCCGAGCGAUGGGAAGAAAAUGCUAAGCAUGGCUGGGAAUACCUGCCUUUCAAUGGUGGGCCGCGUAUCUGCCUUGGUCAACAAUACGCUCUCACUGAGGCAAGCUAUACCGUCGUUCGUUUGAUGCAGCACUUCGAUACCCUCGAAAACGCGGACCCCCAUCCUCGACAGGAGCCUGUCAAACUAUCUAAUCUUACGAUGUCGCAUGAUUAUGGCGUGCCUGUUCGUUUGUACUCUUCGGAGAAGAUCUAG